AUGAACUAUGAAACGUCCACCAGAGGCAGAGGUCGUGGUCGUGGACGCGGAAGAGGAAGUUGGAUAUCAAAUGAAGGUCGUUAUAAAUCCAACGUCCAGUGCCAUAAUUGCUCGAAGUACGGGCAUUAUGCAUCGGAAUGUUGGAGUCCGCCUAAAGAAGUGGAGGAGACGGCAAACAACGUGCAAGAAGAAGAAAUCAAAGGCACAUUGAUGUUGUCACAUCAAGGAGACGAGAAGCCGAAAGACAACAUGUGGUAUCUGGAUAAUGCAGCAAGCAACCACAUGUGCGGUAAAAGAAGCAUGUUCGUGGAUAUGGAUGAAUCGGUGAAAGGAAAUGUUGUAUUUGGAGACUCCUCGAAGGUUCCUAUCAAAGGAAGAGGAACUAUACUCAUCCGGUUAAAGAAUGGCUCACAGCAAUGUAUCAAUGAUGUGUACUAUGUCCCAGACAUGACUAGUAACAUCCUGAGUUUGGGGCAGCUGAUGGAGAAGAAUUAUGAAUUCCAUAUGGUGAAUCGUCAAUUAGAGCUGCUAAAUGAGAAAAAGCAGUUGUUGGCCAAAGUCCCAAUGUCAAGAAACAGAAUGUUCACCCUGAACAUUCAGACUGAAAUGGCGAAGUGUUUGAAAGCAUGCGUGAAGGACACUACAUGGUUGUGGCAUAUGAGGUAUGGCCAUCUGAAUUUUGGAGGCCUAAAGUUACUCGGUCAGAAGAAGAUGGUGCAUGGUCUGCCCGUUAUUAAUCAUCCUAACCAACUGUGUGAAGGAUGCUUGGUUGGAAAGCAAUUCAGGGCAAGUUUCCCAAAAGAGUCCCUGUCACGAGCUAAAGCACCACUUGAGCUCGUCCAUGCAGAUCUCUGUGGACCGAUCACCCCAACAUCGUUCGGAAAGAACAAAUACUUCCUAUUGUUCAUUGACGACUACAGUAGAAAGACAUGGGUUUACUUCUUGAAGCAGAAGUCAGACACAUUUGAAGCUUUCAAGAAGUUCAAGAUGCUCGUGGAGAAUGAAAGUGGCCGCUACAUCAAAGCCAUGAGAUCAGAUAGAGGUGGAGAAUUUAUGCUCAAGAAGUUCAGAAGGUUCUGUGAAUAUCAAGGAAUUCGCAGGUUUCUCACAGUCCCAAGAUCCCCACAGCAAAAUGGAGUUGUUGAGAGGAAGAACAGAACUGUCCUCAACAUGGCGAGAAGCAUGAUGAAGAGCAAGAACCUGCCAAAGGAGCUAUGGGCUGAAAUUGUUGAUUGUGCAGUCUACCUGCUGAACGGGUCACCAACAAAGAGUGUUUGGAAUCAAACACCCCAAGAAGCAUGGAGCGGAAGGAAACCCACAAUCUCUCACCUCCGAGUCUUCGGAAGUGUCGGAUAUGUGCACGUACCGGAUAAAGAAAGGAAGAAGUUGGAUGACAAAAGCAAGAAGUACAUAUUCCUGGGAUACUCAGAACACUCAAAAGGUUACAAAAUGUUUGAUCCCGUGGAAGAGAAGUUGAUCAUCAGCAGAGAUGUAGUAGUUGAUGAAGAAGCAACAUGGGACUGGACUGCUGAAGCAAAGAAGAAUUACACUUUUUAUCCAUUCACUAUGGAUGAAAGUGAUGAUGAACCAGAUGCAACUACACCUGUGACAAAUCCACCCAGUCACAGAGAACCUGCCAGCCCAGAAGGAGAAUCAAGUGAAAGUCCAAAAGAGAGGCCACAGAAGUACAGACGUCUUGAAGAUCUAUAUGAGGAAACUACAGCAAUUGAAGGUGAUGAAUUGACACUCUACUGUCAUUUCAUUGAUGAUGAACCAGUGGAUGCUGAAGAAGCCAUGAAGGAUGAAAAAUGGAAGAAAGCUAUGGAUGAAGAAAUUGGAGCAAUUGUGAAGAACAAGACUUGGGAGCUUGUGUCGCUACCUGAGAACCAGAAGCCCAUCGGUGUGAAGUGGGUAUUCAAGGCCAAGAAAAAUGCUAAAGGAGAAGUCGUCAGACACAAAGCAAGGUUGGUGGCAAAAGGAUACAGUCAGAGACCAGGCAUUGACUACAAUGAAGUAUUUGCUCCCGUGGCGAGAAUGGAGAGUAUCAGGAUGGUGAUAUCUCUCGCUGCUCAAAAUGGAUGGAAGAUACACCAGAUGGAUGUGAAGUCAGCUUUUCUCAAUGGAUAUCUCGAGGAAGAUAUCUAUAUUGAGCAACCCCCUGGAUAUAUCAUUGAAGGUCAAGAAGAUAAGGUGUUGAAGCUGAAAAAGGCACUAUAUGGUUUGAAACAAGCACCGAGAGCUUGGAAUAGCAGGAUUGACAAGUACUUUCAGCAGAACGGAUUCAGCAAAUGCCCACAUGAGCAUGCACUAUACUGCAAGGUACAAGGGGGAGCAAUCUUGAUGGUUUGCCUAUAUGUAGACGAUCUCGUCUUCACAGGAAACGAUCCUAAGAUGUUUGAAGAGUUCAAGAAGACGAUGGUUCGUGAGUUCGAGAUGACAAACAUCGGACUAAUGUCAUACUAUCUUGGAAUUGAAGUAACUCAAAAGGAGGAAGGAAUUUUUAUCUCACAGAGUGGCUUCGCAAAGGAGGUCCUGAAGAAGUUUAAGAUGGAGAGCUGUAAUCCUGUGAGCACACCAGCAGAGUGCGGACUAAAGUUAUCCAAGGAUGGUAAAGGAGAAAAGGUCAACUCAACGGAGUUUAGAAGCCUGGUGGGAAGUCUGAGAUACCUGACUUGUACCAGACCAGAUAUUCUCUACGCAGUUGGAUUAGUCAGUAGAUACAUGGAGGCACCGACAAUGUCACACUGGAAUGCUGCCAAGAGAAUAUUGCGCUACAUUAAAGGUACAAUUGAUCAUGGUCUAUUUUAUACUAAGUCAGAAAAAUUCAAGUUGGUUGGAUACUGCGAUAGUGAUUGGGCAGGAGACGUGGAUGAUCGCAAAAGCACUAUAGGAUUCGUAUUUUUACUGGGAGAUACAGCUUUCACAUGGAGUUCAAAGAAGCAAGCUAUCGUGACACUGUCAACUUGUGAAGCUGAGUAUGUUGCUGCGACAUCGUGUGCGUGUCAUGCAAUAUGGCUGAGAAUGUUGCUGAAGGAGUUUAACAUAUCACAAGAAGAGUAA